AUUCCUCCACCUUGUGUUGCAGCUUCUGGAUAGCGCAGCACUGUCAUCAACCAAUCAGAUGGGCGGAAAGGAGGCCGCUCGCGGACCCGGCUUGGCAGUAGCACGGGAUACGGAUCCCCGGUCGGCCGCAGCUCAGCCCCGUGGCGGUGACACCUCUGACAGCGAGCGAAUCGACCCACUGCGGCUGCGCUACGAUUUUUCUCAACAAGGAUGACUGAAGUGGAGUUGGUGAAACGGACGCUGCAUGCCAUCGUCCAGGCCAACAGAGGUGGAGUGUCAUUGUCCCGUCUGCAGUCGGAUUACAAGGAGCUGACCGGAGACCAGAUCCCGCACCAAGAGAUCGGACAUGUCCAAGUGGAGGCUCUGUUAGCCAGCACGUCCUCUGUUCGCAUGGAGAGGGGAGGUUCUGGAGAGGUGGUUUAUGUUUCCUCUGGAGCCAAGGAGGCAACACACACAGCCAAGGUGGUGGCCCGACAACGCAGCUCCAAGAGAACCGGCCGACACCACCUGGUCAACACCCAGAUGAGAGUUAAACCGGCGGUUCCUCUAGUCCUCAAUGCUAAACCCCAAACCUCUCUGAGGCAGCCAAACCACCGAGGCCGAGGAAGAGGAGCAGGCGCCGGCCGUGGAGCUGGACAUGGAGACUUCAGACAGACAAGAGACUUGAGGGAUGUCCUGUCAGAGGCUCGGUCUGGGGUACAUCCUUACAGGCUGUCCGGUCAGUACAAAGCCUAUAAGAGAGGGAGCCAACCGAUAGAAAGACCAGACAAGAGAAUGAUCCUCCCGACGCGGUUUCAGAAGGAGAUGCAAGCUCACCUUUCCAGAAAUCCACAGCAGACCGGCCAACCGGUGAAUCUAAACGAGAGUUUUGGCCCGGGCAGAGGAAACCCCUACAACCCUCAGCAGGUCCAGAGUCGCAUCAGAGAGAUUUUGGCCAAGUACAGCAAUGGCUUCUGGGUGUCCAAACUGCCUCAGAUCUACAGAGAGCUGUACAAACAGGACCUGCCCUCAGAGGCCAUCAAAGACCUGGAGACCUGGACCCACAUAUGCAUUGUGGAGAAAACCUGUGGUAGUAAUUCCUCAGAGCUGCUCCUCUACCCUGCCACAGAACAAUCCAACACACCCGCCCCUUCCCAGACCGUUAACAGCUCCACCACCUCACCUGCUGAAGCCUCCCCGGUCCAGAAGAGGCCCCACAUCAACCCUCUGGCUCGAUCUGGCUCCCGGUCUCCCCAGUCUCUCCUGCCUCCUCCAUCCCCUCCGUCCCCCCAGUCCUCCCAGUCUCCCCGGUCUUCUUCUUGGUCUCCCAGUCCUCCUUCCUCCCCGGCAGCCCUCACCCCUGAUCUGAAGCAGAGACUCGAGGAGCUGCUGAUGAAGUACUCCAGUGGUCUGUGGGCCCAUGCACUGCCCAAGCUCUUCCAGGACACAUACAAAAUUAAACUGCCCGGAUAUGUGCUGGAGAACCUUGACCUCCUCUCCGACAUUUGCACCAUCGACUAUCCGAUGUCUGACAACCCCCAGCGGGCCAUUCUGUACAGGCGGAGCAGCGUUGGAGGGGAGGAUGAGAACUGCAACAGGAGGAGCUCGUCCGCCAGCGAAGAGGAGCAGAAUGUGAGAUCUGAGCUGAGGAGGAGUCUCAGCAACCAUGAGGUGCCGACUCUGCAGAUCCCCAAGGAGGAAUAUCCCUCCGUUCUGGUGAUGGAGGCCACCAACACCAACUCUGUUAUACUGAGGUACAUCGGCGAGGGUUACUCAGUGGCGCAGGACUCCAUGGAGGAUGAGAUGAGGGAGUUUUAUGCCUUAGACAAAAGCCAGCAAGUCCCUCUGUCUUCUACUUCUUCAGGCCAACUCGUCGCAGUCCGGGCUGAGGAAGAGGAGGAGAUCCUGAGGGCACAAAUAUGUGAAGUCAUGUCUGACAAAGUCAAGGUCUAUUAUGUGGAUCACGGCUUCUCAGAGGUGAUCAGUAAAAGCAAAGUGUUGGAGCUGCAUGAGAAAUUUUUCAAGCUGCCUUUCCAGGCGACCAAGUGUAAACUGGCAGGCCUGGAGCCGUUCUGUCAGGAACCCGUGGUUCUGAAGACGUUUGAGGCGAUGGCGAGUGGACGGAUCCUCCUGGCCGAAAUCUUAGAGCGAGGUCCCGUCCCUCUGGUGGUCCUGUACGACACGUCUCAGGACGAUGACGUGAACAUCAAUGCCGCCUGCAUGAAAUCCCUACAGGACAAGACGCUAGCGAGUCCGUUACAGGUGAACAGCGCUUAUAUGAAUGUGACCGUCAGCAGUGUUUGCUCCGAUGGGACCAUUUACUGCCAGCUUCCCUCCAGAGGACUUGCUAAGCUGAAUGAGACAUUGGAGAAAAUAGAGAAUUACUUCCACACACAGGUGACGUCAGAGUUUCUGGUGUCCAGGCCUUUUUGUGGGAAAAAAUGUCUGGCUCGCUAUAAAGGCAAAUGGUCUCGUGUUGAGAUCACCAACCUGCACGGCAGCAGAGUGUUGGACAUCCUGUUCGUAGACGUGGGCGUCCAGGCUUCUGUCGAGGUGUUUGAGCUCAGAGAGAUCCCGCCGCUGUUCCUCCGUGAUCUCGUCUCCAUCCCACCUCAGGCUGUGAAGUGCUGCCUAGCAGACCUGGCGGUCAGUGUGGGGUCCUGGUCUUCAGAUGCGGUCCAGUGGCUUCGAGAGAAAGUGUUAAACACCUCGGACUGCAGCAUGAAGGUUGCCAAAGUGGAUGAAACCAAGCACUGCGUCUGUGUCCACCUGUUCACCGACAAGAACUUCCUCGACCCGGCCCGCAGCCUCAACCACCAGAUGGCCCAGUCCGACCUGUUCAAGCAGCAACCAGAUGUCUUCCUGAUCAGCCACAGCCCGACCAAGAUUUCCACAAACCCGUUUUCCUCCAAGACCUCGAGCAGCAGUGACUCCGCCAGUGGCAGCCCGACGUCGGCUUCUGUCAUAGCCAAGCCUCAUCCCAAGAGGAUGCUGUCAGCACCUAAAGAAGGAGGAAACACAGCGACCACCAGCCCUCCUGGAACACCUUCUUCACCUUCAGACCUCCUCCAGCUGCCACCACUGCUAGAGCUACCCCAAGUCGGACACAAUAUGGAUGUGUACGUGUCUGUGGCGUGUCAUCCAGGACACUUUGUGCUGCAACCCUGGAGAGACAUGUACAAAUUGGUGGUGCUGAUGGGAGAAAUGAUACUUUCCUACAAUAAAACUGAGGAGAAACCAUUUAAAGUGGAGAAGAAUCAGAUUUAUGCUGCUAAAAUUGAAAACAACUGGCACCGUGUGUUGGUGAAGGGAGUUCUGACCAACGGGCUGGUUUCGGUUUAUGAGCUGGACUAUGGUAAACAUGAGCUGGUCAGCUGCAGUCAGCUCCGGACGCUGACCAAGAAGUUCAGACAGCUGCCGUUCCAGGGCAUCCAGGCUCAGCUGGCUGGAGUGAAGCAGCGGCUGUGGUCAGAGGAAGCCUCCAUCGUUUUCAGGAACCACGUGGAGAAGAAGCCUCUGGUGGCCCAGCUGGAGGCCACGCAGGACGCCGUCAACCCGUGGGACAGGAAGCUGAGCGUCUUCCUGGUGGACACCUCGCACGAGGAACACGACGUCUGGAUUCACGACAUCAUGGCUGAGUUUGCAGAUGAGCAGAGCAACGAGCUGUAGACUCAGGGCACUGAAUUGGAGUUUGAUGGUUUUUAUAGCCAGCAGCUCUUCUGCUCUUUACUGAAGACUGGAUAUAAUAAAGUGAGGAACAUUU